CAAGGAAAUAACGUAUACAAUCUAAGGAAUUUAGAGAAAUUUUGAUGACAAAAAUGAGAAAUUUUGAUUUUGAAAAUGGAAGCACUGAGCUUUGAAAACAAUUUUGGAGAAGAAGAUUCACAGAUAAUUUACAGAAGUCGAAAACUCGAAAAUUCGAAAUCAUGGUUGCAGAUAACUUGAGUGCUGUAUUGUACAAGCAAGAUGACUUGCGUUUGGUGAGUUGUGCUGGUUUUUUUUGUACAAUGCAAAUGUCGGAAACCAUUUUAAUAUUUGUGUUUUAUUUGCAUUUAUAGGAGCAACGUGAAAUUUCAAAACCUGGGAAAGGAGGUAUAAAAAUAUUUUGCGCAAUAUAAUAUAUCUUAUUAGCAAAGUUCUCAGGAGAAUGAAAGAUUUCUUAGUGUGUUGAUAGCAAGUAUAAUCUAGCUAAUAUUAUGCGCAAUACUGCAAUUUGUAAUCAGCAAUUCAUUUGCAAAAGUACAAUAAAUAUAAACAGUACAAUAAAAUACAGAUACAAUAAAUUUCCUUCUUGGUCCUAAAUUGCAAAACACUGAGAAAUGUAACAAGAUAGGAGUAUAUUUAAUUUAAAAGAAAUAAUGUAAACAAAUAUGAAAAAGAACAGACUUCUCCAUAAUUGAUAUGUAAUAUUUGGCAAAAAUUAUAUUACCCUCAGUGAUGAUAUUUUUUCUUGGAACAAAUAACAUCACUUCAGGUAAUAUUUUGCCAGGUCUAUAAAUGAUAUAUUAUGCCGAAAAAUUAAAAGACUCCAAGUUGAGAAUAUAAAACUUGCCACAUACCUUCGUGAUUUUUAGAGUGAGAUUUAUGGAAACUUAUUUGGAUGGGACGGGGUAGAAUACUUAUGAUACCCGGUAUCCAGAAGUGGGAUACUGGAUUCUCAGGGAUGAUACUAAGCUUGAAUCCUGGUAUACCAGUCGGAUACUGAGAAAAAAAAUUAAUUUUCAGUUCCUGGUUUAUAUAUUUUUAUUUAUCCUUGACAUACAUUGAAUACAGAGGUUCAAAUUGCUGUGCAUUCUGUUGGGAUAUGUGGUUCAGAUGUACAUUAUCUACGUCGAGGAAGAAUUGGCGACUUUAUUGUAACAGGCCCCAUGGUCCUGGGUCAUGAGACCAGUGGUACUAUAAGUGCCUUGGGUGAAGGCGUCGCACAUUUAAAAGUUGGUGAUCGUGUGGCAGUAGAACCAGGAUAUCCAUGUAGGAUGUGUGACUUUUGCAAGACUGGACGCUACAACCUCUGUGCUGAAAUGAAAUUUGCUGCAACACCUCCGUAUCAUGGCACCUUAUGUCGAUACUACUGUCAUCCUGCUGACUUCUGUUUUAAGUAAGUUCUUCAUGUUAAAAUUAUUAUUAUUAGCAUGACAAAAUUACUCGAUGCUGAUUGGGUGAGAGGAGUACAAUUCCAUCAUUAAUUGUACUGCAGUACAAUUAAUGAUUUUCCCAAAACAAACAAAACGGCGGAAAGGUAUUUUAAACACAAUUGCGAAAUGAAAUUGCUGUGGAGGAACUAGAUGAAAAUACGAACAAAAGCACCAAAUUUUGCUUGAACACAAACAAAGCACCAAAAUUUGGUUGAAAGUCUGGCAAGACUGGGCUUUGGCGAGAGAAUAUGAUGUUGACAUUGAGAAGUACGUAUCCAAUUUUGUCAUGCUAAUAAUAAACAAGUAAUCAUGUGAUGUUGAUGAUUACCUAUACUAAAUACAGUAUUCCCUAUCAGGGCUUUUUAAUACUUGUUUACAUUUAAAACAUUAGAAGUUCUGUAUAAUUUUUAAUGUUUUUAAGGGUAAUUUCUUCAAGUUGUUGUCUAUGUUAUUCUGAAUCUUUACAGCUCUAUAAGGGAAACUUUUUUGUCCUGCCGUUGUUUUGUAUGGUGGAAUAUUUAAAUCUUUCUAAUUCCUUGUGUUUAAAUUGUGAGAAGAUUGGGGAAAAUCCUACAUAGAAAAAUCCUACAUAGCUUGGGGUCCAAUGUUCAUGUUUGUUUUUCUAGGUUACCAGACUCUGUGAGUUUUGAAGAAGGAGCGUUACUUGAACCAGUGUCAGUUGGUGUCCAUGCAUGUCGUCGAGCUGGUAUAACAAUGGGCGAUACUGUUCUGGUGUGUGGAGCAGGUAAAUAGAUUGCUUAAGAUCUAGCUACAACGUCAAAUAUCUAGGAUGUAAAUUGGCAAUAUUUUUUCAAGGGUGGGUAGUAGCGAAGUAGUUGUAGUUCGCUACUGUAGCGAACUACAAUUUUCAUGUAGCCAGUAGUUUUUGACUACUUUUUUAAAACAGUAGCUGUAGUUAUAGCGAACUACAUUUUGCCUAAAAGUAGCCAAGUAGUUGACUACUUUUCAAACAGUGAAUCGCUAUUCGCUACUUUUUAAAAUUGUUAGCAACUUGAUAGGCUAAGAGUAGAAUGAUAUUGAGACACGGUUUGCUUAAAAUCAAUACUACAUAGUCAAUUUGCACUCUUGAACACUGUAGUGCUUACAAAAAUGUUACUUUGUGUUUACUGUUGCUACUCGUAAGUCGAUUUGUUAUAGGUUACAUUUCAGCCUGAGUUAGUAGAUGCUCCAAAUACAGUAAAACUAAAAUUAUAGUGUAGCGAAAUAGUGAAAUACUGCAGUCGCUACAUUUUUAAAGCAGUAGCUGUAGUCAGUAGCGAACUACCUUUGUUCAAAAGUAGCAGUAGUUGUAGCUGACUACAUAUUUUUGAAGUAGCUGUAGUUAUAGCGAACUACAAAAAUUUUGUAGUCAACCCACCCAGGUUGUAUUUUUUUUAGGCCAAUGGAACUGUAGAUUCUGUUUACCGUCCACCGCCCGCAUGUGCUUGAAACUACCGCAAGAAUUUUUCAUUAUUCUUAAUUAUUUUCAUUAUUUGUCAUUAUUUUUAAUUCUAUGCAUCGAAACUUUCAAAUAUACUUCUCAAAUUCAUUAAUAAUUCAUGAGUAAUUCAGCCAAUGAUAAUCACCUAUUUGAUCACAAGAUGCCAUUUGGAUACUUGAUGAAAGUCACUAGUCUUUUCAUCAAAUAUCUUAAUUACGCAUGCAAAAUUACUUGAAUAGAAUUCCUAAUUACGUUAUGGUUGGUUAAGAAUUCUAUUCAAAUCAGCAAACGAAAACAUUCUGUUACAUCUCGAUUCAUUUGAGAAGCCAUAUAAACAACUCGAGCUCGUGUCUCACCGGGAUAUCCAAACACUCGAAAACAAUGUAUGAAAACACUCGCGCUUUGCGCUCGUGUUCUCAUACAUUGUUUUCUCGUGUUUGGAUAUUCCGGUGAAACACUCGCUCUCGUUGUUCAUAUAUUACAUCAAAUCAUCAAAUUUUCGAUAUAAAAAGCAGUACAGUGGUGAUGUAUGACGGAUCAGUCUGUCAGCAUUUGUUCGGUACACUCGGAGAUUCGCGAGUCUGACAUGUGCAAAUUCGAAAACAAUGGCGUGACAAAGAAAUUUUCAGCAAAGUAAAGCCCAAAAGUGAUAAAAAAAUGCUGGACAAAAGUGUUGAUGGUCGAAAUCAAAAGAAAACGAUUUAAGGAUCAUUUUUGGUCGGAAAAUAGACAAUAACAAAAAUAAUGAAAAAUGAAUAAUGAAAAAAACCCGCAUCAGAUUUUUUAAAUUCUCGGACGGUAAACAGAAUCUACAGUUCCAUUGGCCUUAACCUUAAUUUCUUGUCGUCCACCAAACAUCAACAUAUUCAAUGUUGAAUUUUAGGUCCUAUUGGUCUGGUGAAUCUACUGGUUGCAAAGGCCUGUGGGGCUAGUCGUGUUGCAAUUACAGGUAAUUAAGACCUAAAAAGAUCAAGUGCGAGCUCUUAGGUUCAGUGUACUAGGUAGUAUUCCAGGGUGUGAUUAUUCACAUACUUACAUAUUACCCAGAUGUUAGGCAAGGCCGUCGGAAGUAAAUCAAUAUUAGGGGGGCUCAAGAAUAAUUCUGAAUUGCUUUCACACUUUUCUAGUUCUUUUGUGUGUUUUGCUUAUACAGUGUUCGUAGCGGUCUUUGCCUUUGGAAUCCUUGAAAGUCUUUAAAUUUGAAUGCAGGUCUUUAAGGUCUUUGGAAAGUCUUUGAAUAUUGUGAAAAAGCGAAGAAAGUCUUUAAAAGUCUUCAAUUUCCUUAGGGAGGAAUUGAUUAUACAAUUUCCUAGCUAAUAAAAUAGAUUGGUUGAAGCACGAUUUUCGCAAAUAUCGACGAAAAGGCGCAUUUUAGGAUGUGAUUUGACGGGACUAAUUAUUGGGUAAAAAUGGUGCUUACACUCGCAAUUUUUCGACAGCUGAUUGCUCUCAUUUAAAGGUCUUUGAAAAGUCUUUGAAAAUAGGCAGCAAAAAUCUUUGAAAGUCUUUGGAUUUUUUUGGUCUUGGAGACUACGAACCCUGUUAUACAAAUGGAAAUAUUAGGGGGGGCUCGAGCCAGCCACCCGCUUACGACGGGCUUGUUAGGGUCUGGUACUUGUUCGUUUACAGCCAAAUGUAAGUAUGACACACCUUUGCUAUCUGUGUACUUACAUUUUGCUGGUAAGCUUUAAUUAAGAUAUUUUUCCAACAGAAAAUUUGUGUUGGCCAAUCACAUUUUACAAAAUUUUCUUUCUGCGGAAAAUUUUCCAGAGUGGAAAUGGGCCUUAAUACCAGUGAAAUGCGGCUGAAAAUAUACAGUUAGAAGGAUGCUAUACAGUUAUAAGGAUGGUUUGUGUCUGAGAUACAUAAACUUUUGAGGCUAAUGAAUUACCAGAAAAAGUGUUUUUAAUAAUACUUUUUCCAUAAAGUCCAGUAAUGAAGGGUAGUGUGUAUAUUUAUAUAGAUUUGGACGAGAAACGCCUUGAGAUGGCCCAGAAGCUAGGUGCAGACAUCACCAUUCAAGUUCAGAGAGAACAAACAGCAAAAGAAGUUGCAUCUCGUGUGAGAGAAUUACUGAACAAAGCUCCCAACAAAGUCAUUGAAUGCACUGGAGCAGAGUCCAGUGUUAAUACUGGAAUAUAUGUGAGUACAUAG